CAGCACCGAAAUGACGUGAUCCCCAUUCCAUUCACCCUCGUCGUUCGUCACUGCACCUGCCGGCUGUGCCGCCCUUGAAAAAUCCCACCACCUUCCUCGCCCUCCAGGCCUCCACUCAUUCCUGCCCCCGACACUCCCACUGCCACCAGUCCUCUCACCGCCAGGCGCGGCACAAUGCAGCCGCCUACCCUUCUCCCGCUAGGCGCCGUCGUGGUCGCCAUCCUCCUGCUCGCCACCGCCCCGAGCCCCGCCGUCUCCCGCCACCGCCACUCGUCCGCCGCGGACACGGAGACGCUCGAUGUAGCCGCCUCGCUCUCCCGCGCCCGCGCCGCGCUCUCCACCGACGCCGUCUCGCUGCACCAGUCCGCGGCCGCCGCCGCCGGGGCGAAGCGCUCCCCGCGAGCGCGGGAGGGCGGCCUCACGCUGCGGCUCCACUCCCGGGACUUCCUGCCCGAGGAGCAGGGGCGGCACGAGACGUACCGCUCGCUCGUGCUCUCCCGCCUCCGCCGCGACUCGGCGCGCGCCGCGGCGGUGUCGGCCCGCGCGACGCUGGCGGCGGACGGCGUGACCCGGCUGGACCUGCGCCCCGCGAACGGGUCGGCGGUGUUCGCGGCGUCCGCGGCGAUCCAGGGCCCCGUGGUGUCCGGCGUCGGGCAGGGCAGCGGCGAGUACUUCUCCCGCGUGGGCAUCGGCAGCCCCGCGCGGCAGCUGUACAUGGUGCUGGACACCGGCAGCGACGUCACCUGGGUGCAGUGCCAGCCCUGCGCCGACUGCUACCAGCAGUCCGACCCGGUGUUCGACCCGUCGCUCUCCGCCUCCUACGCCGCCGUCUCCUGCGACUCCCAGCGCUGCCGGGACCUGGACACCGCGGCGUGCCGCAACGCCACGGGCGCCUGCCUCUACGAGGUGGCCUACGGCGACGGCUCCUACACCGUGGGCGACUUCGCCACCGAGACGCUCACGCUGGGGGACUCCACCCCGGUCGGCAACGUCGCCAUCGGGUGCGGCCACGACAACGAGGGCCUCUUCGUCGGCGCCGCGGGGCUGCUGGCGCUGGGCGGCGGGCCGCUCUCCUUCCCGUCCCAGAUCUCCGCGUCCACCUUCUCCUACUGCCUCGUGGACCGCGACUCCCCGGCCGCGUCCACGCUCCAGUUCGGCGACGGCGCCGCCGAGGCGGGCACCGUGACGGCGCCUCUCGUGCGCAGCCCGCGCACGAGCACCUUCUACUACGUGGCGCUGUCGGGCAUCUCGGUGGGCGGGCAGCCGCUGUCCAUCCCGGCCUCCGCCUUCGCCAUGGACGCCACGUCGGGCUCGGGCGGCGUCAUCGUGGACUCCGGCACCGCCGUGACGCGGCUCCAGUCCGCCGCCUACGCGGCGCUCCGCGACGCCUUCGUCCAGGGCGCGCCGUCGCUGCCCCGGACCUCCGGGGUGUCGCUGUUCGACACGUGCUACGACCUGUCGGACCGGACGAGCGUGGAGGUGCCCGCGGUGUCGCUGCGGUUCGAGGGCGGCGGCGCGCUGCGGCUGCCGGCGAAGAACUACCUGAUCCCCGUGGACGGAGCCGGCACCUACUGCCUGGCGUUCGCGCCGACGAACGCGGCCGUGUCCAUCAUCGGGAACGUGCAGCAGCAGGGCACCCGCGUCAGCUUCGACACCGCCAGGGGCGCCGUCGGCUUCACCCCCAACAAGUGCUAGCCUAGCCUAGCCUAAGCCUGCCUUCUGGCUAACCGUGCCCUGUUAGCCACGGUUGUCAGUAGUAAUGACAAGCCGGUGUUUAAUUAGCGGGAGAAUGAUUAGAUGGGGUAAUUAAGCGGUGGGCCCUGCCGGGUCUGGGGAGGAGCGAAAGGCAAAGGCGAGGACAGAUGAUGCCAUUGCCAUGCCAGCCUGUGUCCGGCGCGAUGGGUCCAGCUCCAGCAGUGUUUCUCUCUUUCUCUCGAGUAUGCGUGCGUGGAGCCUUGUCAUGACGAAUUAGAUCGUGGGGGCUCCCAAGUUAAGAGUAUUUAUUUUUAUUUUAUUUGCUAUGUCAAGAAAAUGGAAGUUUCCAUCCAGCGGAAAAGAUCACACAUGCAUGCUUUUCCCUCCC